AUGCACGCAGUGGUGCUUUUCGCUAUUAUUCACUUACUCACAACGGUGGCUGGUGUCAUGGACGUUGAAGUACACAUGUUGUCGUUUAAUAUUCGCACGUCGCUGGCUUCAAUCGACGCACGAUCUUCUUGUGGUAAUUGGGACGGCAUUCGUAAGACUAAUGUUGUAAAUACAAUCAAGACUGUGGCUGCCGACUUUGUCGGUACUCAAGAGACGUCCGACGCUCAAAAGACUUUCUUAGAUGCCCAGCUUGCAGAUAUAUAUUCAGUCAUUGGAGAAAACACGGGUCAUCUCAAUGACAUGGCCAAUGAAUGGAAUGCCAUAUACUAUCGCUUCGAUACAUGGAAGAUACUAACGAACGGCAUGUUUUGGCUUGGAACGAAUCCAGACGUCAUGUCGGCUGGAUGGGGGAUGAUAUAUUACCGUACAUGCGUCUGGGGUCGGUUUCAGCACACGAAGACAGGAGCCUCUAUCUGCGUGCUCAAUACACACUACGAGACUCCAGGUAAUGACGCAGCCCAGAUUCAGGGAUCAACUAUUAUUCUAGAGCAUAUCAAGACCAAGUGUGACCCAAGUGAUGGCCUGAUUGUACUCAUGGGAGAUUUCAAUGCUCUUAAAAGCUACCCGGCUAUGCGAAUGCUAUUUGCAAAUGAUCUAACGGAUCCAUCCGACGAUGGAACAUUCUGUGGUGAUAUGCUGUCUGGUACUUGCUCUACCAAGUAUGAUUACACUAUGUUUCGAGCUCAGAAUAAAGAUGCCUGUCAUCUCGAGUCAAAAAUUUCACGUAUUAACUACAAUGGUUGCUACUCGUCUGAUCAUGCUGGACUUGUCAGUACAUUCUGUCUUCAAGGCUCGUGCUGCUUGAAAAGCUCGUCCGGAUCGAGAUCAAUCUAUUCUUCGUUCUACGAGAAUAGAAUUGCAGAUGACAAGGACGAGCUUGGCACAGUAAAGGGAAGUAAUUUCUCGACCGUUUUUCACAGGAAAAGGACUCCCAAGGUCGAUACGGAAGCCAAUACUAGCGUCACAAUGCCGAAAUCCGCUGUGGAAUCCUCAAGCCCAUCAUCACCUGACCCCGCUCAAACCAUUUACAUGUCAUCUGGAGGAGUCUUAUCGCUCUUGUAG